AUGCCCGCCGCUCCUCAAAUACCGUUUCCCCCCUCAGCAGACCGCCAGCAGAUACUCGAGCAGGCAGCACAGUUCCUUGGUGUCUCGGUCUAUCAGCUCCUCGAAUUUUCCCAACCGCACAAACAGCUUCCCAGUGCUGUUGAGCAGGCUGCGGCCAACCUCGGCGCUCCCGUCGCCAGUCUUCUGGAGCUUGGUGACCAGCAUCGUCACAAACGGUCACGAGUAGAUCCCACCGUAUCCAUGCCGCCUCAAUUUGCGCCCUACCAGCCAGGGGAUCACGAGCACGUUGACCAUGGGCAGCACUAUGAGGGCGAGGCCACCCAGCUGGUCCCUUAUCGAACUCUCGCGGCUGCACCAGAGCCCAUGUCAUCCAUUCUCGGGCUCAGCAGCGUUGGAAUAGCCGAUUGUCUUUCAAGUUUUGCUGCUUGUAACCCUUGUGUGGGCUAUGGGUCGCAAGAUGAAAACUACACACCUAUGACCACCACGGCGGCUUACGAGUACGAUGGCGGCAGUCAACUUGUCGUAGUUGAUGUUAUCCCAACCCCUACGACGCUUAUGCCAAGCCGGACUUCCAACUACCAUGCAUUUGCCACUGCAGCCGCAGAAGUACCCGGUUUGUUGGGCUGCGACGAUGCUGCGCUACUGGGUGGGUACCUGCCACAAUAUCCGCCCUUGCCUCCAUCAAGGCCGGCCGGUGUUGAGCAGCCCCAUACGUCCAGCGAGUUGAUGCUCUACCCCGGAGCCAUGACAGCCACGGCAUACUCUGGUCCUAUACCCAGUACUCCUCAUCUCGCCACAGCGCCCCCUCAGCCAAGCUCCCACAUAAUGGUACAAACAACCCAAUAUAUGACCAGCUCGACGCCGGCCGAGACACCUUUGCCUGCCCACAGCGGCUUAGCCCCCAUGGCAGGUCCCGGAUACGGAGUGCUCGCCAACUAUGGCACACCGAAUCCUGUGGUUGGCGAAGGUUCCGUUGGAGGAACAGAGGUCUACAACGGAGUUUCCAAGCUCGACGUGGUGGUUCUGCCACAGAGGGCCCCGCCCGCAAAACGCGGCCCUUUCAGAAAUCAAGUAGAACGACAGAAGACGGCAUACACGAGGAAGAUUGGCAGCUGCAUACGAUGUCGAAUGCAACGGAUCAGGUGUCAUACCGACCCCGAGGACGGGGAUUCCCCGUGUGGUACGUGCAGAAAGGUGUCCAAUACGAACAAGGUCUGGCGACUACCAUGCCUCCGGCUGAAGAUUAGCGAGGUAACCCUGUCCAAAACGGGGCCGGUCAAGGGCUACGAGUGGACACGCCGCUGGAAAGACGGCAUGGUGGCCGACGAGAUUUCGAGCUGGGCAUCCGACGAGAUCAAGACCAUUCGCGUGACUGAAGGCUUCACAGGGCGUUCUGUGGAGCUUCAGGUGCGCCAGUUUGUUCCGCAGGAAGGUGACCGGCUGGAGCGCUCGUGGGUUGUCGGCGGGGUCAGGCGAUCCGUCAGGAUCCCCGCGUUUGCGCUGGUGGACAUGGAUGCUGUAAGGGGCUCUUAUGACAGCUACAUCGAGAACGGCGUCGAGGAGUGCUGCAACAAGCUGGUGAAUAGGGAGAAGAAGCUCCUGUGGCGAACCUACAGCCUGGCAAUACGGAUGCUUGCGGACUCGAGGCUGGCCGAGGAGGAGAAGGAUCUGUUGCUCAGCACGCUCGAGCUCUGGAUGUCGAUCCGGCUGACGACUACGUCCUUCGAGAUUGUGGGCGACGAGACUCUGGGAAUGACGCACGACCUGAUGGACGAGAGCAGCCCGCUCAACGGCAAGAUACCGCUGCCGCCCGUCAUGGGUGCGCAGCUGGACUCGAUCCUGAUCCACCAGAUCCAAGCCAAGUUCCGACGCGAGACGCUCGACCAGCUGCAGAACUUCACGCAGGAGAACAGGCAAAAAACGUGGCUGACCACGUACCUGGUGACUUUUGUGCUUUUGCACAACAUUACCCUCGUCAUCCAGCACGAUGCCAGUUACGCGCGCAAGCACGGGAUCGAGCGACGAUUCGCGAGAGAGGACAAAGUCAAGCAGUACUUUGUUGGGGCCACCACGCUCCUGGCCUACUUCCACUACCGGAGGUACGCUAAGCCGUUUGCCCCCGACGUCAAGAUCGACGACGUGCGGACCAGCUCGGGCAACGAGGCCGCAGAGUAUGUCGUGUAUGCGCGCAAAUACAUCAAGGACAAUGAGACGCAGUGGCGCGACCUUCUCGAGAGAGGCGAGAUCGAAAACGAGUAUUAUUUCGUCGCCCAGAUGCACGAGCAGGACUGGGCGCCACGCAACUGGCCAGGCUGA